AAUUGCUAGAGUUUGCGCUGUUUCUGCACAGCUACAAUGUUUGGGUACUAUCUUCAUCUUCAGGAGAACACGGUAACCACGAUCUUCAUGUAGCUGACGCCGGGCACCAUCAAGGUGAGGCUACUCUAUCCACCUCCCCAGGGACGACCGCG